GCAAAACCAGUUCCUUUUAGUGUCCCGUGUCGAAACCAUAAACACAUGGGCGAAUAACAGAAGAAUAAUUUACUCAAAAUGCGUAUUGAAAAGUGUUAUUUCUGCUCCGGACCGAUCUACCCCGGACACGGGAUGAUGUUUAUUCGCAAUGACUGCAAGGCAUUUAAAUUUUGCAGAUCAAAAUGUCACAAGAACUUCAAGAAGAAGCGCAAUCCAAGAAAGACCAGGUGGACCAAAGCGUUCAGAAAAGCUGCAGGCAAAGAACUGACCGUGGAUAACUCACUGGAGUUUGAAAAGCGCAGAAGUAUUCCUGUUAAAUACCAGAGGGAGUUAUGGAACAAGACAGUGACGGCCAUGAAGAAGGUGGAGUCCAUCAAACAGAAGCGACAGGCUCGCUUUAUCAUGAACAGAUUGAAGAAGGGCAAAGAGCUGGAGAAAGCCGAAGCCAUCAACGAAGUCAAGAAAAACAUCCACCUCAUCAGAGCAUCGCAUGCAGGACAAACCAAAAAGCUGGAGGAGAAGAUGGUGCAGAAACUGGCCGAAGACGUGGAAAUGGCUGAUUAAAUAUUCCCCGGCCUGAGCUUUGGUCGAACAGGACGCUCAACAUCUUUUUGUUUGUAGGCUGAAAGCCUUAAAAGUGACACUCUGAAGUGAGAUGAACCCUCACCUGUAACUCUCCAUCACUUCACCUCAGCUCUCAGACCCCCGUGGAUGAGACGUUCACGGGAAUCUGGACGAGCUAAAAAAAAUAUCCAUUCUUAUUUUUCAUUGCCCUUAACACUUUUAAGGCUGCCCAGUGAAUGAAAUUGAAUUUGAUGUGAUGCAGAAUGGCACCGAUUUACUGCUACAUUAACAGUUUACUGUAGAAUUUCUCUCCGAAACUCACCUUACUGCUUCUUGUUCUAUUUAACAUGGAGAAAAAGCUUCCUUUUGUCAAAAGGAUAAUGACAUUUAAACAGUAUGACGUUUGUAAUAAAAUUCCAUCCCAACA